AUGUCGGCCAAACAUGCUGAAAGGGCCAUUAGUUACGCGUCUCCGGAGGAUUGGGACUCCUGGUCCAACGAAUUCAAGAAGCUGGCGCACGCCUACGAUCUAAGGCAAUACAUCGAUCCGAACGACCGUAUACGAUGGCCUCAGCGACCAGAACUUCCAGAAAUCCGAGAUUAUCCUAGACAAGCCGAUCCGGACGAUCCCGAUAGUGGCACAAUGACGCCCGGCUCGGAUUACGUACCGCCUCGACGAAUCAGAGAGCUGACGUCUGAAGGAAGAGCGGAAUACAAGCACGAUCUCAGGAUUUAUUCUCUGAAAGAGACAGCGUAUAGAGAGACGAAGAAACAGGAGCAGAAGCUAGUCGAGUUUGUCCUCAAGACGGUCUCGGUCACAUCUGGAGUGGUAUACAACGAACGCCUCCGACCCGAAGCGCGCGACAAAUACCACAAAGCAGUACAUACAGCCCCGAAGAUCAACAAACUCAACGAGUGGGUUACAGAAUGGGAGACGACGAUGGCCGAAGCGAUUAGCAAGAAAGUCCCUGAUGCCCUCGACGCGCAGUGCUGGGCAGAAGACCUGAAUCGAGCCAUGUAUCACGUCCUCCCUAGCUGGGCAUCUACUUUUCGACAACAUCGACGCCCUCAAAUCCUCAAUAAUUCCCUCAACUAUCGAGAGGUCGCUGCCGACAUUCGAUACGAAGCCAAAAUGGCCAACGCGAGCGGAAGGCCGUCAGGCAUCAAGAGAGGCGCAUUCGUAGCCACAUACGGCGCUGCACUCAGGAACGACAGAUCUGCAAUCACGGACCGCGAUAAUGACACUAUUGAAGUCCAAGGAGACGCCUCAGAUUGGGCGACGGACGAAGCAUCCUAUGCACAUCGAGAUACGCGAGGCCAAGGCCGUGGGCGUAGAGCACGAGGCGGCGGAAGAGGAGUAUCAACAAAACGAAAACGAGCAGAGACAACCGUCAAUCCGAACCCGGAUGUCCCUACUUGUCGAGGAUCCUUCAACUGUGCCCCCUACCCUCUCAGACAUUCUGCCAUCCUUGACUCUGGAUCGACAAUCCAUAUCUUCAACGAAGUAUGCAGGUUUCUCAACUACCAACCUGCAUCGCUUGGAGACUUCGUCUACGCAGGAGAUUCACCAGUAACUAUUCACGGUUACGGAAAUGUAGACAUUUGCGUCCAAGGACCCCAAGGACCUUCUCUUCUCAGAUUGCUUGAUGUAGCUCAUUGUAUAAACUUUGCCUGCAAUAUUGUCUCAUACCGACAGUUGCGGAAAAGAGGUUACUAUUGGGACACCAGAGGAAACAACAACCAAAUCCGCAGAAAAGAUGACUCGAUCCUCUGCACAUUGACGGACCAUUUCGACCAGUACGUGCUAGAGUACAUCGACAAAUCGACAACAGCAGCAGCAUUCCUAGCCAAACGGAAACGGUAUGAUUCGUGGAGUAAGCGCCCUCCUCGUAGUGGAAACGAAACCUUUUGGCACCUUCGACUUGGACACCCUGGGCCUAAGGCACUCAAGCACCUCGUGGGUCAAUCUCGGGGGGUGAAGAUCAAGGGGAUCUCCACGGUCGAGUGUGAUGCCUGUGGAAUGGCGAAGGUGAAGCGCCAAAUCCGUCGACAAAGACGAGUUCCACCUGAGAAGGCCGGAAUCCGGCUUGCUAUUGACUUCCACGACGUCACUGGAGAUGCUGGCUGCACUUCAACUAUGCUAGUCACUGACCGUUACUCUGGCUAUAUUUGGGACUACUAUCUUCCCGAUCGAACUGGACCAACACUUAUCCAUGCACUUGAGCAUCUACUCAAAAUACUAGAGAGACAACUGCAGUGCAGACCCGAAGUCAUCGAAUCGAGUGUGACAACGAGAUCCCGGAUAGUCACCAGUCAAAACGGCGGCGCAGAGCGCUCAGGGGGUGUAAUCAAGGAAAAAGCUCGCGCAAUGAGAAUUGGAGCAGAGCUGCCUUCGUUCCUUUGGGUUGAGAUCUGGCGUGCUGCCGUUUACCUAUACAAUAGGACGCCGAAGUACAUUUACAAUUGGAAAACGCCUUAUGAGCGUUUCUACACUUACUUUGCCUAUAGGGACGGGGUGGUAGUCACAGAGCGUAAACCCGAUCAGACACAUCUCCGCGUAUAUGGCUGUAAAGCCUUCGCGAUGACGACCGAUGCUUUGAAAAAGAAGAAUCGGCGACAGCGACUCAAUCCCCGAGGUUGGAUAGGAUAUCUGGUCGGGUAUAACUCGACAAGUAUCUACAAGGUCUGGAAUCCGUUGACCAACAAGGUCAUAUCCACUAGAGACGUGAUCUUCAAUGAGAAGGAGACGUUCUCUGGGGAUAUCCAGCAUCUCAGGGAUGAUUUAAAGGAACUAAACGAGGAGGAACUUAUUCAGCAUCUCACCGAUGCUGAGGUUCCGCAGGGAUCUAGCAUGAAUCUGGAUGCAUCUACCCAAGAAGAAGACGAGGAACUCUAA